AUGGUGGCUUCAACUGCUGCUCACAAGGAGCAGCGACAGCAGUGGGGUGACGCGCAGGACUACCGAGUUCUAGGUGAUGAUAAGACAACAGUGUUUUCUCUUCCACAUCUUAGCCUAGCACAUGGGCCUCUUCGGUCCACCUCAGGUCAUCCACAACGCCGCUUCCAAGAUCGGCGCAGAAACUCAUUGCCGCGGUUUCUAGCUGCUACGGCUUUAAUCCUGUCCAUUCUGGUCAUUGGGGUCAUCUGCAAAGCUGCCCGAGAGGUUCCGCAGAGGCAGCCAGGAUCAACACCUCGCCGUCUGGCCUCUGGCUGGCUACCAGACGAAAGUGCUGAACUUUGCCAGAUAGCGGAACACUGCCUGGAGCUGGAAGCAGACAUGGGUAUAGCUCAGCCACCGGCACAAGCCACUGCUGGCGCAGAAUCCGCAUCAAUGAUAGAAAGCCUUGUGGCCAUGUUGCAGGAAGCGGCAGAGGCCCACGAGCAGCAACGUACGGAAGGAACGGAGUGUCUAAGUGGGCCCCAAGUUAUUAUGUAUCCCUCUUCUGAGGACUCUGCCAAUCCAGCGCUUAACGGUUCGUUUGCAAAUCUAUCCGACAAUGAGGGCGGGAGUUCGAGUUUCCCUUAUUCACUGACGCAUGCAGAGGGAGGUGAGUAUGUUAAAGGUUCUCUACAGCGCGAACACAGCGGAUUUCUGCACACUGCCACACCGACCGGAGCGAUGGGCAUGGAACCGAGGGCGGAUAGUUCGCUAACCGGCCCAUCUCUGGGUACGCAGCAGUUCCUUUACUUGGAUAUGGUUUUUUUAGAAGCAUGGCGCUUGCCUAUGCAUCCUUUUGUGCGUUUGCCGUCUGUGGAGGCUGGAGUCUCGCCGCGAAAGCUUCGACCCUCCCGGCUUUUUCUGCACCAGCGCACCAAUGUAUCCGCCUAUGCCUAUUUCAGCACUUUGAGAGAGCUGUUUUUGCGAAGAUCGCUUGACAAAGGAAGCGCAGAUGCCAUUAUGGAUGCGAUAGAAGAUUUAGCAGAUGUUGCGUGGACCCAGACGAGCUGCAGGGCCCGGCAGAUUCGGCCAGCUUUGGCUGUGUCCGCACUGGGGCGGGACUUCCUGGCGCUGGAUUUCAUUGUGUGCGCCAUACAGCUAUUCAGAGAUGAGAUGCGCCUGCAUAUGUGGUGGGAGAAAUUUGCGAGUGCCUUCAGGACAAAUUACAGUUUCAAGGGAUCUGGCCUUCGCCGCCCCCGGCUCCGUAACUUCAACACACAGCUAGCGAAUCGGCUGCUUAGAGUGAUCGACAUCUAUAAGCAAGGAAAUCGCCCACCUUUACCUGAGGUCAUCGAAAUAAAGCGAUUGCUGUUUUGUUCCCCUUUAGCCCCCAAGCCAUUCACCGACAGCCCAUACAAUCCUUGGAGAAAUGAUGACCAAGCUUUUCUGGAAGGGCAGUGA